CGUCAUCGCUACAGUAAGUCUUUUCGCAGGCCUGUUUUCUGCUCUUCAAGUGAGCAUAACUCUCAGCCAAUCUGUCAGCAAAUCGCCUUUCGCCUCCGGAGCCUUCGACAGCGGCGCGUAGAUAAAAGCGGCUAACUGGUCGCGUGGACGGCAACUGGGCCAGCCCCAGCACUUUAAACUCGUCGCUAGAAGAAAGCAGCGACCUGCAGGAAGCUGCAGGGAUGCAGCCCGAACAUCGCGCGCCCGUGCGCUUUGCUCUCCCUGGGAUCUGCGGGCUGGUGCACAGGGGCUCUGAUACGGCACCUCUAGCUUUUGCGCACGGUGUCGUUGGGCAGCAAUGCUCCGGUGACACCCAGGGCGGCAGCCGGCUUGGACAGGCGGAAGCUGUGAAGGUCUUUGAAGUGCACGUAAAGCCAGGUGGCAGCCUGCACCUGAAGCCCCUGCUUGCAAGCUCCGACCGUGCCACACCGCGCGAUGCCCGCUUUGGCGGGGCAGCCCACUGUCCUGUCACAGGCCUGACCUAUGUCGCGCUGGGGCACGCUGUGUACAGCAUUGACGCGGGCGGCAAAGGUCUGCGGUGGGUGUGCGGGGAUGCGGGCAGCCCGGGAGCUGCCGACGGGAGCGCGCACGACGUCCGCCUGGCGUUCCCCUACCACGUGGCGUGUCCAGACCCCGGAACCCUGGUUGUGAAAGACGAGAACGGGACGCAUAAGGUGUCGUUGAUCGCGCCGGGCAGGUGCGGAAACGUGCAGACCAUGUCUUCAAGCGGAUGCGAGGACGCCACGACCUUCUUCACGGCGGAAGACGCGGAGGCGUUGGUCUCUGUCUGGCCCCGGCCGCAGGCGGUUCGCUCUUCCCCUUUCCCCUGCUGCUCCUCCCCCUCCUCCCCGCCCUCCCCACCUCCCUCAUCCGCACCCCUGACUUGCUACAGCCCAACUGGCGGCGGCGGCGCUGCAUAUGCAAGCCUGGGUUCCAUCACAGGCGUAGCGGUGGUGCCGCCGCCGCCCUGCGGACGCACGGACAACACCUGGCCCAGCCUGGACCAGAGCGGCGACAGCGCGGCGUACGACCACAGCGACUGCUGCAACAGGCGACAAGUUGACCUGAUCCUGACUGACGCCCGGCAGGACGGGUCCUUCCUCGUGCACCACGUCACCUGUUGGCGCCCUACCAACAGCAGCGCCGCCGCCGCCGCCGCCACGCAGACGGUGCGGGUGCGCACUGUUUUUGACUCGGCGCAGGUGGCGGCGUGGCGGGUGGCCACGCCAGCUGCGGGCGCAGGUGGGGUGGAGCCGGAAGCCCGCCACAGCACGUGCAGCACUACCACCAGCAGCUGCAGCAGUGCACGUGUCACUACCGCUAGCUGUGGCAGCAGUGGCAGCCUCAGCGCGCGCCGUUCGGCCCAGUACGGCUGGGUCGAAGUGGAGGUGGAGCCAGAGGAGGCGCCCGCCGCCGCAGCAGCUCGCUGCUCUCCCACACCCGCGCCACAGAGUGCCUUCGCCGCCGCAGCAGCAGCAGCUGCUGCUCUCCCCACGCCACCGCCUGCCACGGCCCCCGCUGACCCACAUUGCCCGCCGGGCGGCGGCGGCGUAGACCUGAGCGACGCCCCCUCCAUGGACAGCCGGGAGCUGAGCUACAGCCGCCUGCCCUGUUACAGCCCCUGCUGCGGCGACAACAGCUACGGCAACAGCGGUGCCGCCGUCAGCGGUUGGCAUGGCGCGGCGGCAGCGUCCAGUAGCGGCGGCGGCGAUGGCGAGUUUGACGGCGUGUGGCGGUGCGGCGGCGUGCGCUGCCCCGUGGUGCUGCCUGGCGGGCUGCUGCUGCUGGCGUGCCCCCUGGAAGGCCAGCUGCUGCUGCUGCACCUUCCCCAACUCCUGGAGGUGGGUGAGGAGGGCGAGGCGGCACAGAAGCCUAAGCCGGCGGCGGCGGCGGCGGCAUGUAUAGUUGUGGGUAAAGAGGAUUGCAAGGCCCCGGCCGCAGUUGGCGAGGAGACGCCGGCGCUGCCUCUGGCCCGGCGCAGCACCAGCAGUGGCAGCACCAGCAGUGGCAGCAACAGCCACGACAUCAGCAGCACUACUGGUGACAGCAGCGCCGACAUCGACAAUGCCCUCUGCUUGGGCGCGGCCGCGGCGGCGGUGCCAGGCGUUUUGUUGGAGUGCAGCAGCAGCGACAUCAGCGGCGGCGACUGGCGCAAUGGCGGCGGCGGUGUUAGCGGCGGCGGUGAGGGUGGCUGCUGUAUGAGUAGCGGCGUGAGCAACGGCGGUGCUGCCGUCUGCAACGCCGCCGCGGCCGGCGGCCUGCUGCCUGCCACACCGGUGCGGUACCACAAGCGCCGCCGGUGGGAGUGCCUGGUGGAGGCCGUGGCGACCAUUAGCAACAUCGGUGAUGGCGAGACACGCCCUGCGGCGGCUAGCGGCGGCUGCAAGCGGGCGAGGCUAGAGAGCGACUGCUACGCCAUUUAGAUGCACGGCGUGCAGGCCCUGUGUGCGUGAAUGUUGUUGGGAUCAAGCUACGGAUGCCCUGGGUGAAGCAACGAUAGAGGUGGCCGUCACUGGAGGGCGGCCAGGUUCCCUGAGAGUGGUUAGGGUAACACGGUACGGCUAACUAUGGCGGACUGUGGAUUGUUGUAGGCGCCAAUUGCGUCAUUCUCAAAAGUCAGGUGGCUGUGCAUGUAAACGAUUUGUGUGGCGAUGGUGGACUGACGCAGUGACAGUCGUUGAAUGCAGGCAGUGUCGUUAGAAGCAUCAUCGAUAAUGCGAUGAGGAGGUUAUGUGGUGGUGCAGGUUGCGGGCCCGGCUGCCGGACACCUCGUGCAGCCCAGUAGAAAGAAGGAAUGACGUGAUGACGUGUUAUCAAAGUGUGCUAGUGGGUAUUAGUUGGUGUUACGGAGCAGGGGAGGUUGCGGAGUGUAUGGGCGUGGCUUCGUGCAGGGCUCAGAUACGCUCACAUACGCAUACAUCAAGCUCCGCUACUGUGCCACCAAAAUCAUGCGUUCUGACUUUUACGCGCGUAACAAUUUGGCUGUCAGUCUGUGCGCCGUCGUGUCUGUAUUCCGUGGCCAGGGCCACCCUGCAGUUAGAAUGCUUUGUGCGUGAUUAUAUUAAUGCCCCACGAGGGGGGGGGGGCGCCGAGGGCCCCGCUAUAAACAGGAGAAGAGGAAAGGCCGCGAGUAAGGUUGUAAGGAGCACAGUAC